AUUGUUGAAUUUCCAGAAAUCACAUUUCAGUUGAUUGACCUCAGCUCCUCCACUUCCCUGGACAUCUCAGUGUUAGCAGAUGUUCUUAUCAAGUACAAAGGUGGGGACUAUCCGGAAGUCUGCAUCAGCCAGGGAAGAAUUUAUGUGUCCGAAAUCAGACGCACACCUUUUGUAGAUGCAGAUUACAUCCAACCAGUAAGAUCACUCCAGAAAUCACAAUCAUUCACUUUGUACACUUCUGAUCCAUACAGAGCAAAAGACUUGUCUGGGGAAUUAUCCAGCAGCACUGCAACUCAGCUUGACAAACAGAGUGUUGAAAUUCAAGUGGAUAAAAUUUGCUUGCACUCAGAAGAUUAUUUUCCCAUUAGUGUUUCUAGCUGUAACUUUGGUAAUACACUGUAUUGGAACUCCCAGGCAGGGGACAAACACAGGCUUCUAGCUCUUGAUUUCAGUGGCACAGUCACUGCAACAGGCAGUGAUGUGAAAAAAGUGAAAGUGGGAGAUCACGUGGUUUCAUGUUAUCCCACUGCUGCAUCAUCCAGAGUUCAGAUUCCAGGAACAGUUUGUUUCCAUGCAAGGAAAUUCCCAUUCCUCCAGAAUGUCCCUUGUGUGUCAUACUUCAUCAUUGCAUGGGAGAUCUUCACUCAGAGGUUACCCAAAGGAAAACAUGGCAGAACAUUGGGUAUUAUUACUACAGAGCCAUCCUCAGUUCUGUGCCAUGUUCUUUCUGCAGCAGCAGAAGAGAUGGGUUGGAGAACAGUCCUUGCAAAGCCCACUCCUAACAUGUUGCAAUAUAUCAACCUGUGCAGUGCCCUUGUUAUUCUUCCUCCAGUCAACAGACUGUCUCAGGAGGACCUGGCCCACAUGUCCUUUCUUAAAGAUGUGGUGAUCGUGUGUGGCAGGCAACAGUCAGAAUGCAUCCAGAAUGUCAGUGAAAUUGAUCAUGAAAACGUCAGCUUUCAUAUCCUUGCCGUUGCCCGCCUUUUCCAGAAAGCACCUCUAAAGGAAGUGCAGAAGACCGUACAUGCCUGGAUCAGUUCCAUGAAUAUGAAACGGUUUAGAAAUCUUUCAGGUUCUGUUUUUCAGCAGACUGAGAAUUUUGAAGGGCUAAAUUCUGUGAUGUCCUAUUUCACCUGCACUUCUGUCCCCCUUGCUGUCCUGAGAAGGCAGAAAGACAUCAGUGUGCUUUCAGAUAUCCCAUUGUACGAGCCCCAGAAGCAGCUGUUCAAGCAGAAUGCUGUUUAUGUAGUAGUUGGGGGGCUCACUGGACUUGGCUUUGAAACAGUGAAAUUCAUAGCUGAGAACGGGGGAGGGUGUAUUGCAAUUCUGUCCAGGAGAAUUCCCAGCAGUGAGAAGCAAGAAGAGUUAAGGGCUUUGCAGCAGCAGUACAAAGGGAGCAAAGUAGUGUCUGUGCAGUGUGAUGUGACUUUGAGCAGCGAUGUUGAGAAAGCUUUCCAGUCCAUUGCCACCACCUUUGUGGGGAGCCCCAUCAAAGGGGUGUUCCAAAGCGCUGUUGCUAUACACGACGGCCACCUUGAAGUGCUGAAGCUGGCUGACUUCCACAAAGUACUGAGCCCAAAAGUAGCAGGGACCCUAAAUCUUCACUGGGCUACCAGAGACCAGGAGCUUGACUACUUUGUGUGCUACUCCUCUGUUGCUUCCUUUCUGGGCAAUGCCACCCAGACAAACUAUGCAGCUGCAAACUCUUUCCUGGAUCUCUUCUGCCUCUACAGGAGGAACUGUGGGCUCUCAGGCCAGGCCAUUAACUGGGGUGCUUUGAACCUCGGCAUUCUGCUCAACCAAGACCUCAUUCAGAGCAUUCUGGAAUCCAAGGGCGUAGACAUUCUGCAAGUGCAUGAAAUUCAUGACUAUCUCAGGAAGACCUUACUUAUAAACAACCCACAGCAAGCUGUGGCCAAAUUGAACUUUCACACUUUGUAUCAUCAUGUUUUUCGUCAGAUUAUUUCUCUCAAAAGUCGCUUCAUAACACUUAUGUCAGAAGAUUACAUGAACAAGAUGGAAACGUCUGAGGAAGCUGAAGUCCCCGAGACCGCCUUUCUCAAAUCUGAGGACUACAUCACCUCACUGAUGAGUGACCUCACAGGAGUGAAUGCAGAUGAACUAACCAUGAAUACGCCACUUUCAUCUUUGGGCAUGGACUCUAUGUUAGCCAUGACAAUUCAGAACCGUGUCUUUCGGGAGAGAAAGGUGGACAUACCCGUUGUGAAACUGCUUGAUCCUCACACAACUCUGUCAAGUUUAGUGGCGGUGUUCGAAGAAACAAGCGAUGCAGAUGGAACAGCUGGAAAGAAGAAUGCUGUGAUUGAAAGUGCAGAAAAUGGGAGCUGGCUAUAAGAAUCUCCCCAGUCAGGAAUUGUGUAACUCUGACAAUACUCAGGCCCUUUGCAGCAUAUCAGAAUGUGUAAUUGCAGAAUGUUUGGUGAUGCUGAAUG